AUGCCCGUGUUACUCAAGACAUUAUAUCUUGAUGGUAUAUUAUUCUUCCUGUUCAUUAUAGGUUCUUCAUACAUCAAUUUGUUCUUCAUCUCUAUGUCAUCCGUAAAUGUGCGUAUGAAGCCCGUGAUCAGCAUCUCAAAGAGCCAUAUUCAUAGUCUUAAUUAG